UUCUCUGCCAAUUCACCAGCUAUAUAUACUCGGAUAAUGAUAGAAAGAUACAUGUAUGUAGAGAUAGAGAGAAAAAAAUGGGCUGCUGUAGCUGAAGAACAUCAGAACAAAGGACCUGACCCAAACCCUAGCCCGUACCGGCUGAACCUGUGAAGGUACUUUUUCCCUCUCUUCGAAUCUUUCUGCACAAAAACUGAAAUAGAAGUUUGAAUGCUAAACUAUAUACCUGAUAACUGUGAAUUCAACUGUUAACCGUUGAAUUCACUCGGCAGUAUAUAACAUUUAGGUAGCAAUUUUAAAGUGUUUUCCUCUAGAUCUCCGUUUAAUUUGCAGUAUCCUUAACUGGGAUUUUUGUUUUUUGUGUUAACUUAUCAAUGUUUUAGUAGUUCACGGAUCAGGGUUUUCAGCAAUUCUGAGGAUAUUGAUUAGGGUUUACUGGAAGAGGAAAAACACCAAUUUCUACUUUGGCUUUUAAGAGAUUUUUGUUGAAGGAAAAGGCAUGGGGAGUAGAUGGUUGGCAGGAAAUAUGUUGAUGAACCCAAUGUUAUCAUCAUCAGCUCCAUUUCUUCACAUUGGAAACACUGCAGAGGAUAAGAAUGCUGUCUUGAAUCCCCUUGGACCGCCCAGAAGCGAGCUAGAAUUCAUGCACACAACCACUACCAAUCCUUCAAAUUGCAAUGGAAGCAAUGCCAAUCCAAAUCUUAACCAAAAUUUUGAAGACGGAGAGAGUCAAGAAAAUGAGCACAAAGUCGAAGACGAGAAGCCGCCCGGAGAUCCCGUGAUUUCGAAGCUUUCUAUCUCAGGACACCGGCCUCGAGGCAGACCACCAGGCUCGAAAAACAAGUCCAAGUCUCCAAUUGUGAUAGCAAAAGAAAGUCCAAAUUCUCUACAUAGCCAUGUGUUGGAAAUCAGCAGUGGCAGUGACAUUGCACAAAGCAUUGCCACUUAUGCACAGCGGCGUCACUGUGGUGUUUUGGUUUUGAGUGGCACUGGAGUUGUAACCAAUGCGACCUUACGCCAACCAGCUGCUCCUGGUGGGGUGAUAUCCCUCAAUGGCAGAUUUGAGAUACUAUCGUUGUCAGGUGCAUUCUUGUCGGCACCAUCGCCGUCAGCAGCCACUGGACUUGCGGUUUACUUGGCUGGUAGUCAGGGCCAAGUACUGGGCGGCACCGUGGUGGGUGCAUUGGCGGCAUCAGGGCCUGUAAUGGUGGUUGCUGCCACAUUUACCAAUGCAAGAUAUGAAAGGUUGCCUGUAGAAGAGGAGCAGGCUAGUGAAGAAAUCCAAUUACAGCCCUCAUCAAGAAGGAGUUCAGGUCCUUCAGGAACUGGUGGUGCUUUGCGGUCCCAAUCUCAUUGUUUACCGAUGGAUGCCCCAGCGUCGUUUGUAGGUUUAUAUAAUCCACCCCCGAAUUUUCUACCUGCCAGUGGUCAAAUGCCGCAUGAUGGCUCUUGGACGGCCCCUCUACGGCUUCCACCUUCCUAUUGAGGCCGGCUGACAGAUCGGAAAGUGAGACAAAUUACUGAACAUUGUUGGCAUUGAGUUACUGAACAUUGAUGGCAUCCAUGUUUGGUGGGGAAUAUCGAAUAUGAAUUGACACAAUUGUAGAAGAGAAGAACUUAUGAUCUUGUUCUUUAUAAUUAUCUAUGCUGUCCAGUCACACACUGAAGGUUCGCAAGUAAAAAUAAUUCUAGUUGAUCCGGGACUCAGGACUGAGAUGCAAAAUUGAAGGAAUAUGGUAAAUUGUGUUUAAAACAUUACUAAUAAUUAAGGGUGGAAAGCUUUAGAACUAGAGACAAGGUUACCAUACCUAUCUGGAAGAGGACUGGCUCUUCUUGAACCUAUCUUGUAAGUUCUUUGAAGGCAUAGGAAUUGAGAAGGAACGUUUUGGCUUUCUGGAAGAUUUUGUAUUCCUUGUAACUUCCUGUUUCACCGAUCUUCAUGUUUAACGACUUUACAAAUAAUCCAACAAUGGAAACAUCUUUCUCAACUGGUACGUAA